AUAGUAAUAUAUCUUUAUAUCUUUAUCAUGUUCAUUACAGGCAGACCCCUACAUUAACACGGCCCAUGGACACAUUAUCUCCUAUUGGGAUGGAUGUGUCCACUAUCUCAUGUACCUGCACAUGGUUGCAGCUAUAACCUGGGGGGCAAGCUACAGAGCCAUCGGCCUGUACUGGGUGGGGUCCAUUCUCAUGCGUGUCAUCGUCUACAUUCCUGGAAAUGUUGUGGGGAAGUAUGGUACCCAGCUGAGCCCCCUGUUCCUGGUCCACAUGCUCUACGUCGUAGUUUCGGUGUGGGCCUGCUUCCGCGUCUUCAGCCAGUCCACCACCAGACAGGCUCGGACAAUGAGUAUCAAUGAGGCCCAGAGGACUACGCUAUUGGAGAGGCCCCUAGACUUUCUGUUUGUCAUCUACCUCGUCCCUGCUACAUUUUUUUGUGUCUUCAGAGGCCUGGUGGCCCUGGACUGCCCGACAGAGUGGUGUCAGGAGUACACACAGCUAUAUGAACCUUACCUGAAGGACCCCUCGUCUUAUCCUAAAAUACAGAUGAUAGUGAACAUGCUUUACUCCGGUCCGUACUACAUCAUUGCACUCUACGGGCUGCUCGUGCCUGGGUGUGAGUGGAUGCCUGACCUCACUCUGGUCCACUCUGGGGCAAUAGCACAGGCCCAGUUCUCCCACAUCGGUGCAUCUCUCCACACGAGGACGCCAUUCUCCUACAGAGUACCAGCUGACAGCCAGAUUGUCUUUCUAUUAGUCAACGCUGUGUAUGCCAUCGUACCCCAAGCCCUCUGCUACCGCUGUGUCACUAGCCCUGCCUUCUUCCUCAGAGACCAACAAAAUGACAAGAGGACUGACUGACGGAACUGGCUGACUGACCAACUGACUGGCUGGCUGACCGACUCAGGCCUUGACUACGCAGAAACCAGUCCAAAAGUAUCUCUCUGCCUAGCAUAACCGCAGAAACCAGUCCAAAAGUAU